AUGAAUGUUGAGCAUUCCUGGCUAGCAAAGGUAUGCAAAUUUCAGGCAUCAAAGCAUGAGGGAUAUUUGGAUGAGGAAAAGGAAAUGAUCAAUCGCGGCCUGAAGAAUGCCAAAAAACUGGUCGGCUGGUAUAAUGAGCGAUUGCGAAGCCUACAAAAACGAGCCAAUCUACUGGCGAGGGGACUGGUGGCUGUGGAUUCGGCAGUCCACGAACAAAAGUUGAAUUAUUUGCGUGCACAUAUUGCUGAGCUUAAUAGGCGAAUAACGUCACUUUUGGAGAGCAGCGAGCGCGGAUUUCCGAGCUACUCCAAUUUGCAGGUUCCGCUUUCCCCUUUCUGGAGGGCAGGCGUUCGAGUAGGAUGGAUAUCAUGGACAACAGCUAGAGCCAAAAGGCUCAUGACAGAAAAGCUUGGCACAGCUAUUCUCGAUAUAACUGCACCUCUGCGAAAUCGAAGGACUCAUAAUGUGAGGACACAAAUGCCUCAGCCGUCCGAUGACCGAACUCAGUAUUAUCAGCGGCAAAAUAUUAAGCUUUGUCAGGUGAUACUUAUGCUUAAUGCCAUUUUUCCCUGCUUUUGUACAAAAUUAUUAUCUUGA